AUGGGAAGCAGUUCAGAUAAAGCUUCAGAUAAGCGAUAUUUAAAAGAUCGCUUACCUAAAUUUAUCAAAGAAUCUAGCCAUCCUAGCAUUUGCAUACUAUAAUUCAUAUUCAAGCUAAUAGCAUUCACUAGCUAUUUACUUCUCAAUAUAUUCAUUGGUAAUCUAAUACUUGUCUACAUUGUAGUGAUAAUUACUCAAGCUAUUGAUUUCUAUGUGAGUAAAAACAUUACUGGCAGGAUACUAGUUGGGUUGAGAUGGUCUAGUGAAAUCUUAGAUGAUGGUACUGAGGAGUGGUAUUUUGAAUCACUGGAAGAAAAAAGCCAAAAUAAAGCUGAUUCAAGAGUGUUUUGGAUAACUACGUAUGGGACUCCUUUUAUCUGGGUGAUUUUCAUAAUUGUGUCAAUACUAUCUUUUAGUAUUGCCAAUGUGACUAUAUGCCUCUUUGGUUUUGUCCUCUCUUCCACUAACUUGAUGGGAUAUAGCAAGUGUGAGAAAGAUCAUAAAUAGAAGUUAGGAAAUUUCUUAUUUUCCUAAGCUAAAGACAAGUUAUCAAUAUAGUAGAUGGCUCAGAUAGGGGGUAUGGCCGCAAAAUAUGCUCCAGGAGAAUGA